AUGAAGAUUAAGGAUUUGGAAAUGGCAAUACAUGAAAAUAUUCAAUUCUCCUUGGAGAAAUAUAAGGGAAAACUCUACAAUUACCUUGCUUAUGUGAAGCACCUGAAAGGUUUUAAUGAAGAAGCCCUAAACCUUUUAGAACAAGCUGAAGAGAUAACAAAGAAGGACCAUGAAGAUGAAUUUGAGAAGCUGGUCAUUGUUACUUAUGGAAACUUUGCUUGGGUACAUUAUCACAUGGGUGAGCUUACCAAAGCUGACAACUACCUGGAGAAGCUGGAAGACAUUUGCAAGAAGUUCCCCACAGCCUCCCGCUACAGUGUCCUCCUUCCUGCUGUGUAUGGGGAAAAGGGAUGGUCCUUUUUGAAGGUUUGUUACAAUAAACAUUAUAAGAUAGCAAAAGAAUGUUUUGAAAGGGCUCUUGAGAAAGAGCCCAAUAAGAAGGAGUGGAAUGGUGAUUAUGCCAUUGUGCUGUACCGUCUUGAAAUGUUUGGACCUUCAGUUUGUGCUGAAGACUCAGUUGCACUAAAACAGUUAAAACAUGCUGUAGAGCUAGAUCCAGAAAACCCAGUUCUCAUGGUACACCUGGGAAUAAAACUGCAGCUUUAUGAACAAAAUGAGGAAGCCCUGAAAUUAGUGAAUCAAGCUCUGAAGCUGUCACAACAUAACCCCCAUGUUACUGGACAUGCAGCAAGGUUUUUCAGAAACCAUGGCUUACCAGACAAAUCCUUGGAGAUAUUAGAAAAGGCGUUGCAAGUAGCUCCAGAUUCUUAUUCUCUAAACUAUCAAUUAGGACUUGCCUACAGAUCCAAAAUCGAUAAAUUCCAAGGUGGCCGCGUUGCUCCCUCUCCUCGCUCCCGCAUGGAGCAUGUCAAACUUCUGGUGAGCUCCUCUGACGUAGACAGUCACCAGGACAGUUCCAGUCUUCACGGCUCCGCUGGGUGA